CUCAUUGCUCCGCUCUAUAUAAAGAAGUGAACUUACAUUUCCAGAUCAACCAACAGCCUUUCUUUUUUUGCUUCAGUGUUCGGCUGUCUCUGUUGGAGGAAAAUAUGGCACCUGCCGGGACGAAAAAAAGUAUUUUGGAUCGCUUAAAUUCUGGAGAAGUUGUUAUUGGAGAUGGGGGUUUUGUGUUUGCCCUGGAAAAAAGGGGUUAUGUAAAAGCUGGACCAUGGACCCCAGAGGCUGCGGUGGAGCAUCCUGAAGCUGUGAGGCAGCUGCAUCGAGAAUUUCUGAGGGCCGGAUCAAAUGUCAUGCAGACGUUCACAUUUUAUGCCAGUGAUGACAAACUGGAGAACAGAGGCAACUAUGUAGCAGAAAAGAUCUCUGGACGCAAAGUUAAUGAGGCUGCAUGUGACAUUGCCAGAGAAGUGGCAGGAGAAGGAGACGCCUUGGUAGCUGGAGGUGUCAGUCAGACGCCAUCUUACUUGAGCUGCAAGAGUGAGUCAGAAGUAAAAACCAUCUUCAAGAAGCAGCUGGAGGUGUUCACAUCGAAAAAUGUUGACUUCCUUAUUGCUGAGUAUUUCGAGCAUGUAGAAGAAGCAGAGUGGGCAGUUCAAGUUCUAAAAGAAAGUGGGAAACCAGUGGCAGCAACUUUAUGCAUUGGUCCUACAGGAGACCUGAAUGGAGUAUCCCCAGGAGAUUGUGCGGUCAGGCUGGGCAAAGCGGGUGCUGAUAUUGUUGGAGUAAAUUGUCAUUUUGACCCCAUGACCUGCUUGAAGACUGUGAAAUUGAUGAAAGAGGGACUGGAGGCUGCAAAAAUGAAAGUUCAUCUGAUGAUCCAGCCACUUGCCUAUCACACCCCUGACUGUGGACAUCAAGGGUUUAUUGAUCUGCCUGAAUUCCCAUUCGCUUUGGAGCCAAGAGUCCUUUCUCGAUGGGAUGUUCACAAGUAUGCCAGGGAAGCCUACAAUUUAGGUGUCCGCUAUAUAGGUGGCUGCUGUGGGUUUGAGCCGUACCACAUCAGGGCCAUUGCAGAAGAACUGGCUCCAGAGAGAGGUUUCCUGCCACAAGCUUCGGAAAAACAUGGCAGCUGGGGCAGCGGCCUUGAUAUGCACACAAAGCCAUGGGUUCGAGCAAGAGCUCGUAAAGAAUACUGGGAGAAACUUUCCCCUGCCUCUGGACGGCCGUUUUGCCCCUCAAUGUCCCAUCCAGAUAGCUGGGGAGUGACCAAAGGACAUACUGACCUACUGCAACAGAAAGAAGCAACGAGUGAGGAGCAGCUGAAACAGCUCUUUACAAAGCAAAAAGAAAAGUGCGGGGUGUGAACCGGAAAGCUCUGUGUGCCUAACUCAAGGGGCAAUUGUGCCUUUUGGAUGGAAGGCAGGUGCCACGCAGAUGACGUUAAUAUUGUUGGACCACUGGAAAAAUCACUGUUGUAAUAAAAUCCUUUCCUUUACAGCA